CAUUUGAAAUUCGAUCCAAACCCCUUUUUUGUUCAUAAAGCCAAAACCCAAGGAUUUGUUCAUUUAUUCGAUCAUUCGGUUGAUAAAGGGAGAGGGAAGAGGAUGAAGAUCACAGCUUUACUAGUGUUGAAGUGUGAUUCGAGAUCCGACGGGUCGGAUCCCGUGAUACUAGCAAACGCUACGGAUGUGAAUCAUUUUGGGUACUUCCAGAGGGUCACCGUCAGGCAGUUCAUCGUCUUUGUUGGUCGGACUGUCGCCAAACGGACUCCUCCUGAUCAACGCCACUCCGUUCAACAUGAAGAGUAUAAGGUGCAUUCAUAUAACAGAAAUGGUCUAUGUGUGGUGGGCUUCAUGGAUGAUCACUACCCUGUUAGAAGUGCAUUCUCUGUACUGAACAAGGUGAUAGAUGAGUAUCAAAAGUGUUUUGGUGAAACGUGGAGGAACAUACAAGCAGAUAGCACUCAACCAUGGCCCUAUCUUAAUGAAGCUCUAACCAAGUUUCAGGAUCCUGGGGAGGCAGAUAAUCUGUUGAAAAUUCAGAGGGAAUUAGAUGAAACCAAAAUUAUUCUUCAUAAAACCAUUGAUAGUGUCCUUGAAAGGGGGGAAAAGCUGGACAGUUUAGUUGAGAAGAGUUCAGAUCUCAGUGCAGCUUCACAGAUGUUUUACAAGCAGGCAAAAAAGACGAAUCAAUGCUGCACGAUAUUAUGAGAUGUUAUUAUAAUACCUUCCACAUGGUUUGAAUUGAAGUAAGAUUGUUGGGUUUCAUGUGUUUGAAUCAUGUAUCAUAAUACUCGUGUUCCUGUUAUUUGCAACACUAUAUUACACACUCCACGCAUCUUUACUAUAUCAUAUUAAAGGGUUGUUUGUUUACCU